ACUCCAAAAGACCCCGGGCUUCUGACAAAACAACCCUGGCUUAAGCCCAGUAAGUCACCCCCCCGCUCCGCCACUGCUCCCUGCAAUGCAAUGAAAUAAACUAACACCAAGAGCGAAUGUAUAAUUUUAACCGCGUCGAUAUGUCGUGGUGCAGCCAGUGCUGCUCCUGCAUUAUCAUGUUUUGUUUUUUUUAAAAAACAGGCCCACCCACUGAAACGAUAAGCCUCAAAGUAAAAACAAACGCGGCGAAUGGCAUAAUCAUCAUGUUUGUAACUGAUAGCACAACCAACAGGCCUAUUAAUUAAUUGUAGAAUUUAGAUUUUAAAUCAGAAUCCACGGGCUGAUUGUUAAAGCGUACUGAUUUAAUUUAUCUCAUAUAAAUUGCAAUUACAAAGGCAGUUAAUAAAGUAAAUAAACACAAGCAUAUAUACAAAUGUAUGUAUGUUUAAAAAGUUAUUCUUGGCCGUCAUAAACAUGAAGCAGUAGUUUUGAGUAAAGGCAACUGGAACAUAUGACAUCAAAGGUUUAUUUAUUCAGAAUUAAUUAUUACGGAAAAUAUUUUUUGACAUAAAUUGAAUGUAUACCAAUCAAGUACAUUUUAUUUGACCAAAUUCAAUUACAUUUAGCGUUUGACAUGUAUGUAAGAAAACUAUAUGGAAAACUUACAUUUAAUCAAAUUACUUGAAUUCAACAUUUUGGACAUAAAUCUGUUUUGAGUGUAAAUAAAAUAUUGAAAUAGCAGUUACUAAGUUAUAUUUACAUUUUUUUCUUGUAGUUUGGUGUAAAACAAAAUAAAAGCUUUAACCUCCAGUUAAUAAGGAGUGUGAUUUGUGAGGAUAAACACUUGUUUAAUUAGAACAAAUAAAAAAUCAUCUUUACUCAAAGGAGUGAGCCAAAAUAAAAAUGUUUGGAUUAAUUCCAAAGUGGAGGUUAUUUAUAGACCCUUACCAUCCCUCAAGAGCGCAUUUCCAGUGUGGGGCAAAGCUGAAACGAUAAGAUAUUUGGCUUGUACACAAGAUGUGUUUCUUAGCAGCCAGUUAAUUCAUUAAGGCCCGUUUUUAACGUCCGAGCAUUACCAGCACGUCCAAGUUUGAGCAGUUUGAGCAGGUGAUACGAGGGUUUCACUAGCUGUCAGUUUUGUACGCUUCAGUUGGAUGCCCGUGGGAAUAUAAUUCUGAUUGUUUCGUCCUAUAUUAUAGAACCGUGAGACUUUGGUUUCGUGUUUAUCUCAUGCCAGCUGUUACAUGUCAUUUGGAAUCCUUCCAAACGCCUAUAGCAUUAUCUUGAAGGGGGGCUGGGUGUGCCUAUGUUCCACUGCAUCCAUAAAACCCCUCCGUUUGCAGCGAACACGGCAUUGAACUUGAAAAAAAAAGUCCAGAGGAAAGAUGAGUCUUUCUGCUAAGGACAAGGAGAUAGUCAAGGCCUUUUGGGCUAAAGUGUCGGGAAGGGCGGAUAACAUUGGCGGUGACGCUGUUGCCAGGAUGCUGACAGUGUACCCUCAGACCAAGACUUACUUCUCCCACUGGAAGGACCUGAGCCCCAGCUCUGCCCCAGUGAGGAAACACGGAGGAAUGGUGGCAGCUACAAUAACCGAUGCUGUGAACAAAAUCGACGACCUGGCAGGGAGUCUUCUUACCCUCAGUGAACUGCAUGCUUUCACUCUGCGAGUGGACCCUGCAAACUUCAAGAGCUUCCAUGAUGACUUUUCCAUGAGACGCAACCCUUGGAUUUGAUGUGAUGGCAGCAGCAUUGUAGAGGUUUCCAAAUCCACCGAAAUACCUCUUAGUCCAGGGGUAGACAAUCAGACACCUACGGAAACAGACAAUUUUAAAUAGCUCACAAUUAUUAAAGAAGAGUCAUAUAUAGAGUCAUAUAUAGAAUCUUGCACAUUCUUUAAGGGAGAAACAUGGUCAUACCUGGAAAAAGCUGCUUGCCCAACGACCGCAUAGUCGAUCUUGGAGAAGAUGUCCUGGAUCGCGGUGCGCUCAAAGUCUGUCCACACAACCAUUUUGCUUUGUUGAGUUUUGCACUUGUCCUGUUAGUCAGCAGCCCACCACACGCAGCUUUUAAAGGUCUGUUUCGCUCCACCCAAAGAUAUGCAGUUGGGUGGAGUAGGACAGUAGGGUGGAUAAACCGAGUUACAUGUAACGCUUUGUACUUCUUUGUUCGUGUAACUUGAAAAUCAGUCAAGAGAAAACAAGCUUUCCAGUUUAAGUCUUCGUCACAUUUGUGCCGGCUUAGUUAAUUAGUUUCAUUAUUCAUAAACGUUUUCGUUACCUGAUGUUUUCAGUAUUACAGUUUUAAAAAAUCAUUUUAAUGUUAGGGAAUCACACAGAGCUACAUUUUUAAGUUCGGGAAAUUCAGAAUAUCAUAAGAACACCUGAAUCGAGCUGACUCACAGACCAAAUCCCAGUCUCAUUUAACAGAUCUGCAGACGUUUUUUUAAUUAGCUUAAUUAACUGUAAGUAAACAUAAAUAAAGAAUUGUUUAAAGAUAAA